AAAAAAAGGAGGUAAAUCCAGCAGAACCCUAUCAGGUGAUGUGGUUUGAGCCAUCAGUUUCAAAGUAAGAGACUUCCAUAGUAGUUUUUAAUAUGUAAUGGAAUUUGUAACUGAAAGCCUUCAGAGUUCUAUAGAGAGCCGCUUACAAUCGUUCCUCUAUAUCCUGUGAGUUGAUAUGUGGUAUUAAACAUAUAGUUUUAUAAGCAUGCUAAAUCCCAGAGGAGAGAAAUGCUCAUGUAAUGAUCUGUAUCCUGAGAGGAUUCAAAAGUGCUUUUCUGUUGCCAAAAUGCUCCUGCUGGCCUUGUGAAGGAAUUCCCCUUGGAUCGUGUCCCCUGUAGAUGGUAUCCAGGCCUGACAUCUACAGGGGACAGGAUCCCUUUCCUGCAGGACUCAAAGCCUCCUUGCCAGCUGGUUCAUUACUGGUGGCAGAGCACUCCCAACUGUGGUCUCCUCAAGGACACUGGCAAUAUGUUUGAAUUCGUUUCUGUGUACUGUAGCUGUAGACGGCCGGUCCCACUUAGACUCGUUUUUUAGCGCAUCCUUUUACAGCGCUUUCUAUUAUUCAUGACCGGAGUUCAUGAAGGGAGGCAGGGUUGUGAACUGCACACCGGUAAAGGAUCUGGUGAGAGCAUGCUUUAGAGUUUCAGUCUGCGCAAUUGGAUUUAACAUCACACAAGGCGAAGUCUGGCGUCUGGUUUUCCUCUUCAAAAAUGGGUUCGUUGCUUGAGGGUCGUAGUCGAUGACGUCUUGAUAGUACUAUGUUUGCCGCUGCUACCAAGAGCUUUGUUAAGCAAGUUGGAGAUGGAGGGAGAUUAGUGCCUGUUCCGAGCCUCAGUGAAGCCGACAAGUACCAACCCCUGAGUCUGGUGGUGAAAAAGAAGCGGUGUUUUCUGUUUCCUAGACACAAAUUUACCUCGACGCCCUUCACACUUAAAGAUAUUCUCAUAGGAGACCGAGACAUCUCGGCCGGUAUUUCAUCUUAUCAGUUACUGAAUUAUGAAGAUGAGUCAGAUGUCUCCCUCUAUGGGAGGCGAAACAACCACAUCGUGAAUGACGUUGGGAUUAAUGUUACUGGAUCCGAUUCCAUCGCGGUCAAAGCUUCCUUUGGUGUAGUAACCAAACAUGAAGUGGAGGUGACAACGCUACUCAAGGAAAUUACCGCGCGAAAAAUUAACUUUGACCACAGUUUGAUCCGCCAAUCAAGGAGCAGCAGGAAAGCGGUGCUGUGCGUGGUCAUGGAGAGCAUCAGAACCACACGCCAGUGCUCCCUGUCUGUGCAUGCUGGCAUUCGAGGGGAAGCCAUGCGGUUUCAUUUUAUGGAUGAACAGAAUCCCAAAGGAAGGGAAAAGGCUAUUGUUUUCCCAGCACACACAACGAUAGCAUUCAGUGUUUUCGAACUCUUCAUUUACUUGGAUGGUGCCUUUGACCUCUGUGUCACAUCAGUGUCAAAAGGAGGGUUUGAAAGGGAAGAAACGACCACCUUCACCGUGCUCUACAGACUGAGGAACAUCCUCUUCGAAAGAAAUAGGAGAGUGAUGGACGCCAUCUCUCGCUCCCAGCUUUACCUGGACGAUCUCUUUGCCGACUACUAUGACAAACCCCUUAGCAUGACUGACAUUUCCCUCAAGGAGGGGACUCACAUCCGUGUGAACUUACUAAACCACAACAUUCCCAAAGGGCCCUGCAUACUCUGUGGAAUGGGGAACUUGAAGCGGGAGACGGUUUACGGUUGCUUCCAGUGCUCUGUGGAUGGGGUGAAAUAGAGCCUCACGUAGUCCAGGCUGUCCUUGAACUCCCUGUAUAGGCCAGGGUGAUGUUGGAUGCCUCAUUUCCCUGCCUGAAUCUCUGAGUGCUGAGUUACAGGUGUCUGCCACUACUUCCAGAUCCCAUGGUGCUGGGGUUGAACUCAGGUGGGUCUUCAAGCAUGCUAGGCAAGCACCGUUCACUGAGCCACCACACCUCCGGCUAAUGGAGCCUUAACUUUAAAAAACAAAUUCGGAAGUACUUUGUAUAGGCUGGGUGAAGUAGUAUAUGCCUGUAGUCCCAGUAUGCAGGAAGAUGAGGCAGAAGGAUUGAGUUUUGACAUCAGGCUAGGCUGCACAGUGAGUUCCAGGCAAGCUUGGGCUAUUACAGCAAGGCCCCAUCUCAUAAAAAAAAAAAAAAAAAAAAGCAAGAACAAACAAAAGCUCAACAAAUGCCUUGUAUGAUAAAUGAUGGGCAAGGAAGGUGUUCACAUACUUACUUAAUUUCUAUUUUGUGCACAUUGAGGGAAGUAAACUGGUAGGCGACUUAGUGACCGGAAAGUAUUAGGAAGGUAAGAGAAGGUAGUGGAGGGGUUAUAUUUUGUAUGCACAGGUGGCAUUUACUAAUGUAAUAGUUUCUGUAACUUCUACAUUUUAGAUAAAAUUUCUGCUAAAAUCUCAGCAUUCAGAAUGCUGAGGCAGGAGGAUACAGAGUCUGUGCCCAGCUUGGACUGCAUAGCAAAACCCUAUCUCACAAUGCAGAAAAAGAAAAAAAAAUGUUGUCAACGACACACCCGAGAGUUAAAAAUGAACAAAUGUUUGGAAAGAACACAUUUCAGAGAACAAAAAAAGCUUUGUUUGUUCUGAGCUCACUUAUUUCAGCCAGAGCCAUUCUGCUUGGCAUACAUAGGAAACAUCCAGAUUUUCACAUGUUCCAGUGCCCUUCCUUUUGCAACGUGGUCCAGCAUCUCUUCUCGCCUCUCAACAAGUUGGACCACAUUAAUGUUUUGACCACGACUCAGAACUGGAAUAGCAAGGUGUCUUAGGGUUUCUAUUGCUGUGGAAAGACACCAUGACCAUGGCAACUCUUAAAAGGAAGACAGUUAACUGGGGUGGCUCACUUUCAGUUGCAGAGGUUCAUCCCAUUAUCAUCAUGGUGUUGGGGGGCACGAUGGUGUGCAGGCAGACACGGUGCUGGCUACAUCCUGAUCAGAAGGCAACAGGAAGUAGACUGUGACUCUGAGCAAAGUCCAAGUCAAAGAAACCUCAAAGCCUGCCCCCCCCACCUUUCCUUCAACAAGACCACACCUCCCAAUGGCAUCACUCCCUAUGAGCUUCAUGGGGGCCAAUUACACUCAAACUACCACACAAGACACCUCGUUCGUAGCAAAAAAGUUUAACUUUUAAAAAAAGUUAAAUUUU